AAUGGAGAGUUUUUCUGUAAUGUGUUCAUGCUUAUGUUUUAACCAAGUUUAGGAGAGUAACACAGCAAAAAAGUACUCAGUAACUUAACAGUUCUGUAUAGCUGGGGUGUGUGUGGAAGGGUGAGGGGUGGGGGUGGUAUUUAAGGAUUAAGUCCAUUAGUCAGUAGCAAUCGAAUGUAUCAUCUGCAAGGCAUUUGCUUCAGGUGGACAAAAAGUCUAUACUAGAUUAAUAGUGAACAAACACAACAGCUUGAAACUGCAAGUACUGUAUAGUGAAUUAUUGGCCUACUUGGUUUAAAGCUUUUUAAACCUACCUAAAGUGGCAGGUAACAUCAUGCAAAAGAAAGUUCAAAAUAAAUCCUAAGUUGGACCAUUACCAAGCAGUCUGUGACCAAGAACCAUUUUUUUCAGUCUCUGCUUUGAGUUUUGAGGUUCUUUUUGGUAAUGGUGUCUAAUAGAUUCAUCACUGCAUUAAGUCUCCUGUUUCUCCCACUCAAAAUUUCCACUUUGUGUACAGAGUUGUGCACAAUCUGUCAGGUGUAUUAUGGGGUUUAGCUUUCUCUUCAGCAUCAGGCACAGGACCAGCUAUUGCCGAGGGUAGGGGACUGGAUGAACCUUCAACCUCACCUAACAUGAGGUGUUUUGCAGUGUGAGGAUAAAGAGGGCUUUACCAUGGGCAUGUAGUGACUUACUCCUAAAUCUCUUUUUUGUUAAAACACGUCUAACACAUGACACUUGUUUGAACUAGUGGUUGUUUUCAGACAUGCAGCAGGAUUGCUCCAGUUCUUUUUGUGAUUGUCAGAUCUUAUAAAGCUUCAACUUUUCAUAUUAAUCUACUUUUUUUUUUUUAAUGGAUGGAAACAGUGUCUCAUUUAAAAUGUGUCUCAGGAAUUUCAGCCUCCUCAACAUUUUAUGGUUUUUGAAAUAAUGAUAUAACAAUUUUAGCUUCUUUUGGAAAUACUUUAACAUUUAAACUGAGAUGUGUAUGUAAAACUUCAGCCUUAAGCAAAUUCUGACUGGCAAAACUCUUUAAGAGUGGUUAUUUAUUAUAAUUAAAUAAUAAUUUUUUAUAAUGGAGAUAUCAACUAAACCUUAGUGGUUUGUGACAUUUUUGUGGAUAUAUUAAUGAAUUUAUAGCUCAUAUCAGAUUAGAGAAGGUAUUUAUAGCUACUUUAUAUUGAGAGUUUAACAAAAUGGUUUUCUUCUAUUGAAUGAACGAUCAGUUCAAAAUAUGCAUUCCUUACAUGAUGACUUAGGAGUUGAGUUCAUUAAAUGAAAAUAUACAGUGUAUACCUUGGAGAUUUAUGUUGUUUGCUCUUUUUCUCUUAGGAAGCCUGACAAAUAGGAAAAUACUACAAAGUGAAGAGAAAAUUCACUUCACAAGAACUGAGCUCUGCUUUCAUUGGUUUUUAAAUUUUGUUUGUAUUAAUAACUGAUUAGUGUCAGACCAUCUCUGUAGUCUACUGUAGUGAAAUUGUUAGGUUAAAGCUGGAAAAAAUGAAACAAUUAAAAAGAAAAAGAAAAAGCAAUUUUAGCGUUCAGGAAACUCAAACUCUCCUUAAGGAAAUCAGAAAAAGGAGAGAAGUACUCUUUUCAAAACAACUUAAUACAACAAUUAAUGAGAUGAAACGGAAAGCUUGGGAGGAAAUAGCAGAGUGUGUAAAUGCUGUAGGUGAAGGAGAGCAAAGAACAGGGACAGAAGUGAAAAGGCGAUACCUUGACUGGAGAGCACUCAUGAAGAGAAAACGUCUGAAUUCAAACAUCAAAGUAGUGGGUGCUGGGUUUCACCUUCCUUCAUCCAAUUUAGAUGACUCUCUCAAUGAAGACAUGGAUGAGAAAAUGGGAUUUGCAAUUGAAUCUAGUUUUGAAUGGCAAAAUAUCACUGACUUCAGAGAAGCCGGUGGAUCUUUAACAGAAAUCAAAGUAGAAGAGGAAGAGGAGGAUCCGCAGAAUUUUGAAUUUCCCAUUGAGGAAGAAGAAGAAAUUUUGUCAUCAGUUUUGCCAGAUUCAAAAAAGGAAAAUGACCUACCAGACUUCCCCCACAUUGAAGAGUUUGGAAAUCUAAGCUCUGCUCAAGCUAGGCUAGCCUAUGAAGAUUCUCACUUGCUUAUAAAUCUGGAGAAGCAGAAGGUGGAGCUGGAGAAGCAGCGACUAGAUAUUGAAGCCGAAAGGUUGCAAGUGGAGAAGGAGCGCCUGCAAAUUGAAAAAGAACGGUUGCGGCAUGUUGAUUUGGAGCGCGAGAGACUUCAGAUUGAGAAGGAGCGACUUCAGAUUGAAUGGGAGAAACUCAGGCUAGAGACUCUGCAUGCUGAAAAACCUGCCCUGGAAAAUGACCUCACCCAAACAGAAAAACCCAUCAUGCAGCCUCUGGAUCUAGAAACUGAAAAAUUAAAACUUGAAAAAGAACGUUUGCAGUUAGAGAAGGAGAGGCUGCAGUUCUUGAAGUUUGAGUCAGAGAAGCUGCAGAUUGAGAAGGAACGCUUGCAAGUGGAGAAGGAACGCCUUCGAAUUCAGAGAGAGGGUCACUUGCAGUGAACAUCCUGACAGAAAUGUCAACAGUAGUGUUUCGAUGUUUGUAAAAUAGAGGUAGUUCUUAAUACUGAAACUGUCCUAGAGGCUUAACAUUCUUCUGUUCUGAGUUGAAUGUUGAUGUUAAACUGAGAAAGAAAAAAAGAAUGGUGCUCAGUAUGUCAGUGUGCCUACAUAAAUGAGCUUAUGUGUGAAAUUGCUUUUCAGUGUAUCAGAACUAAGUGUUAUAUCCUCUUGUCUUCAGUAUUGUGUUGUAUUAGUUUGGUGUCCUCUCAGACACACUGAGAAGAAUCAAGGCUGAACCUUUUACUUUUUUCACUGUACUAACAGUAAGGAAAUAUCAGAAUAAAUCGACAUAUGUUGGAGGACAUGGUGCUGAUUAUAACCCACACAAUAAAUAAAUAUAACUUAGAACACAAUAAUGAAUCAAUCGCAUCAUGACACUGUGUUAAACUUCCCCUUUCUGCUUUUUGCCACCCCCACAAUUUGAAAAAAAAGAGUUCUAGAAUUAUCUAAAAGUUAAAGUACAAGUUAAAUUCAUUGCAGUUCUGUUUACUGUUGUUCCAUGGCUUGAACUGAGUUGCAGUGCAGAAAAUAGUAUUCAUCCUUUCAUGUGUUCAUACACUUCAACCCUACCUACUAUAAGCUGGGCUGUUGGUUGCACCAGGUCAUUAAUAUGGAAUAUAGCACCUGUCUUAGUAUAGCAUAGGGACUUAGUGGUUGAUCAGGCCUGCUAUCUGGAUGGUCUGUGAUGAUCCCCUGAAGUAAAUUGCUAGACCUGGUUUGUUCCUUGAAAGACAGUAGUUGGUGAGCACGGACUAAGGAGCCCUGAGCUUGAACGUAACACUCUUGAUGUUAGUUCUGCUUGUCCAGUACUGAGGUUAUGUCCGUGAGGCAGCCAGAAGAGGAUUUCAUGGCUGACCUCAUACGGCAUGUUUUAAUUGGAGAAACAGAAAUGGUCAGUGCUAAAGGCUCUCAGUAUUUUGUAUUCAUUUAAAAUAAUUAUUAAAAAAAAAAACCCAACAUGCAGGGAGGCUUUCUAUUAUUUCUUAAAUGUUUAAAUCCCAACUGAGCCAGAUUUUAUGUUUUUCAUCUUUCUGCCAGUUAACUUCUCUUGUGUUGACUCCAUUUGGAACAAGACUGAGAAUACUAAAUCUGAUUAUAUGUUGAGUGACUUAUGUGGAUCCUUGUGCAAGUAAAUAUAUUUAUACCAUGACAGGAUUACUUUUAUUCUGCAAAGAUGUUAUUUUUUUAUUACUGAAACAAGUGUGCUUCUACAGUGGAAAUAAAUUUGACUACUACAAUCCAAAA